AUGUGGACAUCACAGACCAUCAACAACAUCAACACCUCUUCUCUUUUCUUCAAUCGCUACAGCACUCUCUACAACAACUUCAACAUCAACACCCCCGCCAAAAUCACCCCAUGUCAUCAUCCACCCACCAUCUACAUUUUGAAUGUUAUUAGCAUUGUCAAGCCACAUGCUAUUGAGCAUUUGAGAUGUGGUGUGUAUCAUCUCCACCAUGACAUCAUCAUCAUCUCCAAAUCAUGGCUUAGGCCAGAUCACCCUGAUGGUUUGAUCGCAAUAGAUGGCUACACAUCCUCCAGAAAAGACCGCACUGGCAGGCAGUGUGGAGGAGGCGUUGUUAUCUAUUUGAAGUCAUCCAUCUCAUCUCAAAUUCACAUCGUUUUGCCUCGUGCUAUCAAUGAUGCACUGGAAACUCUUUGUCUCAAGUGCAUUAUUGACUUCAUCUGCGCCAUCUAUCAUGCACCAAAUCAUCCAUCAUACGAAGUCUCCACCUUGAUGGGGAGUGACUCAAAACUCGUCAUUGGGGGUGACUUCAAUCAACUCGACCAUCAUUCCAUCCUUCAAACAGCGAUCACCAAAUACAUCAACACACUCAUCAUCAACUUCAACUCUAAAACCUUCACUAACAGUAAACUUGGAAGCAAAGCCAUGCGGGACCAACAACUACAAUCUCUCAUCAAAAAACUUAUUUGCUUCAACUAUUUACCUGCAUCAUAUCCUACCGUCACUCAGAUAUUCAACACAUUCGAUUCAAGACUGUUCAAGAAACAAAUUGAUGCCAACACACUCAACACCCACUUUGUUUCCAUGUCAACCGACCCGUCCUACAAAACUUCACCAACAAAGGCAACAACAAUCAAUAGUCGUCACCAACGUCAACAAUUUACCCCAUACUCCGUCCUGCACAUGCUAACGAAGGCCUGUCCAUCCGAUACAGGUCCAGACGCAAUUACAAUUUCUCAUCAAAAAACUAAUCAGCUUCCAUUAUCUACCUGCAUCAUAUCCUACUUUUACUCAGAUAUUCAACACACUCGAUUCAAGACUAUUCAAGAAAGUUGA